GUGGUACAAGCUUCGCUCCAAACCAGGGAAAAAAGAGAAGGAGAGAGGGGAGAUCGAAGUGGAUAUCCAGUUUAUGAGGAGCAACAUGACAGCCAGUAUGUUUGAUCUGUCCAUGAAAGACAAGUCCCGCUCUCCCUUUGGCAAGCUCAAAGAGAAGCUGAAGGGGAAGAGGAGCAGCGGCCUUUCCGACACGUCCUCGGCGAUCAUUCCCAGCACGACUCACUCCCCUGCUGACAGUGAAGACGAGUCAGUCGAGAAGGAAAAGAAGAAAUCAAAGUUCAAAACCCUGUUUUCCAAACCUGGCUUGCAGAAGAAUUCCCUCUCCCAGUCCAUGUCGGUUCUGCCGACGCAGCAGCCCAUCGCUGCGAGGGUUCGGCUUCAUCCCAGCGACUUCCAGUCGCAAUGGGAUGACGAGGAGUCCGAGACCUCUCCAACCUCGGAAAAAGCCUUUGGAAAUGCCUUGGAAGAGAAGUCCUCUCCUCCUCCUGUAUUUAAACCUCGUAAAACAGCAACUUUGGACAGCAGGCAACUAAACCAAGUCACCACUAGCCACCCCAAGAAAGAAGGGCUCUCUUUAUUCAGUGGUCUUAAAUCCAAAACCGAUCCCGUUUCCAAGUCCAGCCUGUGCAUCAACGGCAGUCACGUGUAUAUGGAAGAGAGCACAGCGAAGGACGGCACUCCAGCCUCCUCCCCCUCUCCUCACAACCUCAGGAGGAAGCAUCUCUUUGCUUCAGAAGAGAACCUCUCUUCCAGACCUACCAAAGGACCUGAGGAGUCUGGAAGAACGUCUCCUAGUCAUGCUUUCACUGGGUCUACGUCAUUGGAGACCUUUAAAUCUAUGACUUUGCCGUCGUACAAACUGCUCAGCAGUGAAGAAUACCCGGAAACCAGCGUCCCUCCAACCAUCGAGGUUAUUAAAGAGACCAAAAAAACAGACCACAAGAAGUCUUCCUUGCUCUCUCUGGUCACAGGGAAGAAGGAAGCAGUGAAGACCACGGAUGCUGAGGGCAUUCCCGACAGGACCCUGCAGGAUGAGGAAAACAAAGUUCCAGAAGAGAAGAGCCAGCAAGAGACCAAACGUCCUGAACUCCCAGCAGAUUUGGGCAGGGAGAAGCCUUCAGAAGACAGUCACCACGCAGAAGAUGUCUUUGCAAAGAAGCCGUCGCUCAACCCUUUCGAGGCAGAACAGAAACCCGAAAACACCGCUGCACCGGCAAAGACCAAAGCCGUCAAGCCCAGACCCCACCCUGUGAAGCCAAUGAAUGCCACAGCAAACAAGACUCAAAGUAAAAACCUGAAUGUCAUCAGCACUAUGAACGAAAAGCUGCUGGAGAUGAACGUGAAGAAAUAUGAUCCUUCGGAUCCUGCCUAUGCUUAUGCUCAGCUAACACACGAUGAGCUGAUCCAGCUGGUCUUGAAACAGAAGGAUACUAUUAACAAGAAAGAUCUCCAGGUGCGUGAGCUUGAAGACUACAUCGAUAACCUGCUUGUCAGAGUCAUGGAAGAAACCCCAAACAUUCUUCGUGUUUCAACGUCCGGAAACAAAAAAGCUGGAAAGAUGUAA